AUGGCAUCCCAAAAAGAAAUGGUUAUUGCUAAGUGGACCGAGCCAUUGACGCAAUUGUUGCGAUCGUGGUGCCGGUAUUCUUUGGAUAAGUUCAAGAACGGGUUAUUCAAACUGAAGAAGCUGUAUGGCAGUUUUAAAAAGCUUCUUAAUCAAACCGGAUUUGGAUGGGACAAUGUAAACAACAGGAUUGUUGUGGAUGAUGAAACUCUCCGGGAGUCUCAUAUCAAGCAAAAUACCGAAUGGGCUACAUUCGGGAAGGAAGGAUUUCCUUUGUAUCCCCAGCUUUGUGUGGUGUUUGGGGAUACAUAUGCUACCGAGGAGUAUGCAACAGGAAAUGUACAAGACUUGAUGUCAUCAGAGGACGGUGACAAUGGUGCUGGGGAUGAAGUUGCUGGUGGUUUUGCGUUAUGUGCACCGGAGGAAUUAAGGGUCCCAGAACCACAGGUCGAAGAUGGGUUAGAUAAUGAAGACCAAACUCGACAAGUGUUGGGUAAUGAACCGAUAGCUACCCCAAUUUAUGAGAAAAACAAGUUCAGUAGGACUCCAAAUUCGAAGAGGAGGAGAAAGAACACUUCAUAUGAUUUUGCCGGAACAUGCAAAGCCAUUCAAGAUUCCCUCAAAAUUAAAAUGGCUCAAUCAUUACAUACCUCUAUGACCUCACAAGCCCCACAGCCUGCAGGCCCCUACUCCAUGGGAGCCUUGAUUGCCAUCCCGAAAGGCAUGCCCGCCACGGAACCUACUCUGUAUGCCAAAGCUCUAAAUCAUGGUUCCAUGAAUGUUGCUUGGAGAGAGGGUUUCAUCCUAACGGAACUCGAAUAGCAACGUUGAGUUCUUGAUUCUAUUUAAGUAGAUGUUGGCAUAUGUUAUGGAUUUCUAUGUGGCUUUAUUUCACUAAAAGACUUAUUUAUUUGAGACACUUUAGCCUUGCUUUUAUUACGCUACUAUGGUUAUGUUGUGAGUGGUUCCCUAGUUGAUAUUGAAUUGCCUAGUUAUGUGUUGACUAUUAUUUAGAUUCCUUUACUUAUCAAUAGAUAAAGCCUUU